AUGAAUACUGAGAACAAUAGUAGCGGAAAUGAGAGUGAAGUAGUAUCUAGACAGAAUGAAUCAAAAAAGAGGAAAAAGUACGGCAGAAUGAGAGAUGUCAUGAAAAAGAUUAGACUGCAGAGCCACGAGGUAGGUGCAAACUGUAACUGUCCUAAACAAUGUUUUCAAAAUGUACCUGAAGAAGCAAGAAAAACCAUUCUCAAGAAUUUUAACGCAAUGACUUCUAUUAAUGAGCAGAACUCCUACUUAUGUGGAUUGAUUACGAUACUCCUCAUUCGCCGAAGAAGGCCUAGGAAAGAUGAAGACGUAGCAAAUUUGAGAAGUAGUGCAUAUUCUUACAGGGUACGUUUUAGAACUGAUAAUAGCUUACAGGAAAUAAAUAUUUGUAGACAAGCUUUUAAGUCUGUUCAUGGAAUAAAGAAAAAAAAAUAG